AUGUCCAAGGCGGACGACAGCGGAUCAAGCCACACCCCCAGUGCUACUGCCGAGAGCAGCGUCGCGUAUCAGUAUGUCUCGGUGCAGCAGAUGACAACGUGUCGCGAUCAGAUCGAAUACCAACUCACGGUGCGAGAACAGCCGAAACAGUCGAGGAUGUGCGGUGUCGGUGAAAAAGCGGAUCGAAGGCCCAUCGAUCCCGCUCCCAUCGUUCAGCUGCGUGUCAUCACCCACGAUCGACCCAUCAGUCAGAGCGAUCCGCUCGAAGGUGCUGCCGUCGCUCCGCCUGUCGACAGGAGACCUGGCCACGGUGCGACCACGCCCAAGACGCCAGGCGUACGCAGAGGCUUGCCUGUAACCACCGCCCUUGGCGAUGGCUGGGAAGACAAGGCGUGGUACCUCGAAAAUCCUUACUACUUUAUGUACGCAAUGCUCUGCAACGCCGACACCGACGAGGAGCUCCACCUGCUCAGCGAUGGCAAGACGCGGUACACCAGCGGCUCGUGCGUCUCGUGCCUCUAUCACCUCAAGGACAUCGACGGCUCGCAUCAAGGCUUCUUUGUCUUUCCAGAUCUGAGCAUCCGCGUCGAAGGGCGCUACAGGCUCAAGCUGUGCCUCUUUGAGACUAUUGGACACUCGGUUCAUCACUGCAAAUCCAUCUACUCCGAUCCCUUUCACGUCUACACGGCCAAGCGCUUCCCGGGCAUGGAAGAGUCCACUCGUCUCUCCAAGUCGUUUGCAGAGCAGGGUCUCAAAGUGCGUGUCCGCAAGCAUCCUCGCUCACGACGCAGAGGCUCCAAAAGGACCAAGGACGACAGCGACGGUUCCGACGACACACCGCUGGCGCGACAAUCCAGCCCCAAGCGCGCCAGGGCCUCCGACAUCGGCCCGACAUCGGGUCUUCCGAUCCCGCAGCCGCUCGCACCGUCCAGGAUGCCACGCUCCACGGACGCACGUUUCGAGCGUGCCGAUUACGACCGCAAGCCCUUGGCUGCGUCUGCGUACCAGGAUGUCAAGGCUGCGCAUCUUGGCCGUUAUGCAACGUGGGAGGAGGAAGAGACGAUGCGGAUGCGUGAAGCGCGCGGCUGGGAUCCGAGGUACGCUCAUCGAGAAGAAGCGAUGCAGGAGCGUCGUCUGCCUCUACACGACUUUGUUGAUGGUCGCUACACGGAUGGCGACUAUGCCCCACGCACUCGAUCCGCAGCGGCCCCUCCGCUCGCCGGUAUGUCCGCAAGAGGUGCAUCGGACUACAUCGAGCACGGAAGGCUUGCUUACACCAACGACGACGCGGCUCGACCCAUACAUGAUCCACCUCGCCGCCUAUCAGCCACAUCGCUUUCAUCGGCACCACCUUUGCCAGCUUCGUCGUCCGCAGCACCACAUCCAUCCAUGCUCGGUCGAGGAUACCCGGAACCUCCAGCGAGCGUGGCCGCCGCCAAUAGCGGCGCGCCGCACAACCGAAACUAUCCGCCAGCCCCUGCGCCUAUGCCUCUGCGUCCUGCACCAACGCUUUCUCGUUCCUACGACCAUGGCGCUCACCCCGCACGCUUGUACGACGAUUACAGUCCUCCUCCUUCUACAGUCGACCCCCGCUAUAAUACCUACGAUCCCCGAGAUGAUCCCCGCUAUAGUGCCUACGAUUCACGAGACCGACCCCCAAUGCGCAGACUUACGCCGCCCUCACCGCGGCUACUGGCGGUCAGCAACUCGGAAUACAGCAGCCGUAGUCCCUAUCCUCCGCGUCAUUCGCCGUCACAAUGGCGGUCUGGUCCAACUAGCCCCUUCACAGCGUCCGACUUGCCUCUGCGACGUGGACACGAUCCUGAUCCGUACGCUCGAGAUGAAGUGCCGCCUUCUUCGCGAUACGUUGACGGGCUCGGAAUCGCACCUGCGCAUCGUGAAAGGCUCACACUACCACCGCUUUCGGCAGCCCAUCCAGCCCACAACUCGGAACGGUAUCUGUUGCCUUCAGAGUGGUCCAGGAGAGAGUUCGACCCGAUGGUGUACGCCAGACCGUCUUCCCGUGGUCACGCGAGGCCUUACUAG